AUGCCAACCCUCUUCAACACCGUCCGGACAUGCAUUUACCGUAGAUCUUUAAUUGCUGCGUUCAUUUCUCAACCAUUUUCCCUCAACGUUAGGCUUGGAUUCAGUUUCUUCCUGCGGGAGCGGAAUCCCAUAUCAACCAGGAUUGAGCUCGGAUGUUUGGGUCUCGCGGGACUUUUGUUCUUAGCCGUGCGAAGACACCGUAAAGGCGACGAACACAUGUGGCAUGGUCCCGUAACGUCUUGCGCUUGGUUCAAUGACUACGGGAAGAAGCAACAAACCCGGAGCCAGAGUCAGAGGAGCAUCCUUCCGACGCAGCAGGCCCAGACCCGCGAGGUGACUGUCGCGCCACUGACCGCACCGCCGGUACCGUCCAAACAGCGUCAUCGGUCAUCACGGUCAAGAGGACAUUCACAGUCAAGAAGAGGGGGACCUUACGCAGAACGGUAUCCGUCGUCAAGGUCUCAUGGGCGACAGGCUUCAGGAAGUACGUCGACAAAUGACAUUGAGAGCGGGGUGAUGCGAAAUCCGAAUCGGAUAGCGGCAGGUCCACGAGUUGCAAACCGGUAG